AUGCCGUUUAUGGGCACUGAUUUGGGAAAGCUGAUGAAGAUGCAGAGACUAUCGGAGGACAGGGUGCAGUUUCUGGUCUAUCAGAUACUGAGGGGUCUGAAGUACAUUCAUUCAGCCGGGAUCAUUCACAGGGAUCUCAAACCAGGAAAUCUGGCAGUGAACCAGGACUGUCAGUUGAAGGUAUUAAAACAACUUGAUUUUGGACUUGCACAUCAGGCAGAUUCAGAGAUGACAGGUUAUGUUGUGACCCGCUGGUACAGAGCACCAGAGGUUAUCCUCAACUGGAUGCACUACAGCGACUUUGAUGAUUAG